UGAAUGUCAUACAUAUAAACAUAACUUGUGCUUUCGUACGUUUCCGCUGAUCCGUUGAGUGAUCAACUGAUGCUAACUGUGCUGACGAACAAUUGUCAACAUAACUUUGUGAAAACUUCGAAUAAUUUGAUUUAUUUUGUCCUGAUCACUACAUUAACGGAAAACGGACAAUUACAAUGGAAGAACAAAAUUCUUCUAUAAAAGAAUCAAAGAACAUUUCCCCUAAAGUCUUAUCAGAAAAAAAGGAGGCAUCUGUAUUACCUAUACCUUUAUAUAAGAAGAGUUAUUGCCGAAUACAGUAUAGAUUGAGUACGAUCGAGUAUAAUUGGGAAAUUCUUCACUUCUUCAAAAUUUAUAAAUUUAUGAAAAUAUUUGCUUCUACACGGUUUCCAGAAAAUGAACAAUAUCAGGUUCAAAUAGAAAUUGCCUCAUUUAACUCUCCAUCAGAAAAAGAACUAUUAAGAAUUUAUAUGACAACUGAAGAAGAAUUUGCAGGUUCUUAUGAGAUUUUCUUUAUUGAUCUAAAGGAAAGAGAGUUACUUGUAUCGACGGACGUAGUGUAUAUAUCGAAGAGGAUGUUAUUAUAUGAAAAGGAACUGGGGCUACUUAUUAAGAACUCAGAUAGCGAUGCAUUUGAACUGAAUUUUAGAUUCGACAUAUUUUAUUCUUUUUCAAAUACAACUAUACAUGUAAAUCCAUUACCAUCAUCCGCAGCAAAAGACUUGAAAUCUGAAAAAUCAAUUCUUGACAACGAUUCGAAGUUUGAUAAUAAAGAAUCGCUUGAAUUUAUUAUAGAUGGUCAACACUACAGUGUAUCCAAAAAUCGAUUAUGCGCUAUCAACAGUAGUUAUUUUAAACACUUAUGUAAUACAGAAGAAGACAUAACAAAUGAAUUAAUAAUAAAGGAUAGACCAAAAGCUUUUCAAGAAAUGUUGUCAUUUAUCAUAAUUAAUUCAGCAAGGCCAUUAGAUUUAUGCUUGGAACAAUGGAUACGUAAGAGUGGUAUGGUCAAAGAUUUAUUAAUAGUAGCCAACAAAUAUGAUGUACAAAAUCUUAAAACUAUAUGUGAAGAAAUUCUGCUACAGAAUAUUACAUUUGAAAAUGCUUUGGAACUUAUACAACUUGCGUUGUUAAAUGAUGCAAAAUGCUUGGAAAAAUGCGUAGCAAGUUUUAUUAAAUUUUAUAUAGAAAAAUUUUUACGUUUUGAAACAUUUCUAUCUUUACCACAAGAACAAAUAGACAAGAUACUUGAAGCGACUGAGAAAAUUGAUUCUAAAGAUUGUGUCCAUUUUAUCGCUUGCAUUGUAAAAAAAAUCUUGAAGCUUGCGUUCCAGAUCGGUAUAAUGCAGAACGAACGAGAAAUUAAGGAAGAACAAAAUUCUUCCGACAAUGAUACUGAAAGCUGUUCAGAAAAGGAGCAGGCAGAAACUCUAUCAUCUUCGUAUCAUAGGAGUUAUUGUCAACUUCAAUACGAGGCGAAUACAAUUGACUAUGUCUGGAAACUCAAUCGCUGCUCAAAACUUUUAAAACUUUUAAAACCAAUAUUGUCCAUGCCAUUCCCAGAAACAGCUCAAUAUAUAAUUCAAAUGGAAAUAUCUAUCGUACCCAAAUGGUGGACAAGUUUAGUAAAAUUUUAUAUAGUUACCGAAGUAUCAUUUAAUGGUAUAUGUGAUGUAUUUAUAAUUAAUAUGCAUGACAAGAUACUUGUUAAUUCGACUUGGGGCUUUAUAUCAAACAUGACAUUAUUAUAUGAAACUACAGUAAAAACGUUAUGUAAUAAUCUGGAUAAAGACACGCUUACGAUAAACUUUACGUUCAAGAUUUUUCACCGCUAUUUAGCCGAUACUGUACAUAUCAAGACACUACCUAGACUAUUAUCUAGACUAUCACCGACAGACUCGAAGUCACAAGAUUCAAUUCUUGAUGACGCUCCCGAUGGUGCAAUCACGUUUGUAUUAAACGGAGAAUAUUACGACGUAUCCAAAAAGUUAUUACACAAUACUAAAUGUGUUGACUAUUUCUGUAAUACAUAUAAAGAAAACAUGGCAAAUGAUUUAAUAACAAUAAAUGAUAAUGAUAUGAAAGAUAUUUUUAAGAUUAUGUUUUUGUAUAUCAGAACCGGUUUAAUAUCGAAACAACUUGAUUAUCACACGAGUAGAACUUUGUUAGAAGUAGCUAACAAAUGCGAUUUACAAAAUCUUAAAUUAAUAUGUGAAGAAUAUUUGAUACGUACAAUUACAAUCAAUACUGCUAUUGAACUUGUGCAACUUGCGUUUUUAAAUAAUGCAGAAAAUUUAGAAAAACAUGCGGCAAGUUUUAUUAAAUUCUAUAUGCAGGAAAUUAUACAUAUUGAAGAAUUACAAUCUCUACCGCAAGAACAUUUAGAUAAAAUAAUUAAAUCAGUCGCGAAAAUUAAAACAUUGGAAAUUGAAACGUCUGAAACAAAUGAAACGAUUGAAAUAUCUGAACAUAUAGCAGAAUGGCAGAUGGGUUAUGCAGAAAGUUAAGAGGUAGCCAAGAUUAUGCAUUUUCCGCCCUUCCAGUGACUAAUUAAGCACGCUGUAAUGUAAUAACUAUUAAAAUGAAGCCACCGAGCCACUCUGAUGUGGAAAAUGAAACGCCCGACCCGGAAAAUCGCUCAUAUAUUGUCUUCUCACAAUUUUAACGGCCUUAUUUGGAUUUCUAAUGACAUUAAUGUGUAAGAAUGGAUAAUCUUUUUAUAUAAAGACGAUGUUUUUCAUAAUUUUCGUAAGAGCUUUGUCAUAAAAUUCUAUUAAACGUUCUGAUAAAUUGCAUCUUAGAUGAGAUUUAUGCUUGGAGAUAUCGCGCAACAUUAUUUUAAAUAGCUUCUAAAUUAGUCCAAGAUUGACAUGAAAUAAUAUUUUAUUCUGCAAACUAAAGCUCUGUCAUAAUCUCCUAAAUGAUUUCGGAUUUGAAUUUUAAUACUCUUUAUUGCAGAAAAUAUCACUUUACAAAUAUAUGAGGCAAGCAUCAAGCGUAUCAUUACCGUAUUUCGAUAAUAAUAAAGAGCUUUAAGGAGUUCCAUCAUACACAAUAAAAAGACGAGUGAUUGUUAUAUCAGUAUUGUCUCAAUCUUGGAUAACACUGAUCCAGAAUGAUCGAUAUAUCUCACUAUUUUAGACAUAACUUUAGAAAGACGUAACUUUUUAUUACAUCUGCUAAACUGCAUGUCUCUUGUUUCUAUAGUCACGAUUUUUCUUUGACAAGGCAAAAUCAAAUUUUCAUUUCAAUUCAAUAGUAAACAUUUUAAUUCA